AUGUCAUCAUCAUCUUCUUCAAAUCCAUCUCCUUCCUCGGCUCCAUCAGAUGUUGUUACUGUUGGAAAGUAUGCAACACUUUCACGUAUCUAUGACUACUCUUUAGUUCAAGGUACUGUUGAUAGAACUUUCAAUCUCUACAACUAUGCUAAACAAUAUUCAUUGCUAAAGACACCUAUUGCACUUACAGAACAAGUUGUUACAACUAUUGGCAAACCAAUUCUAGAUAAAUGUGAUCCAUUAUUACAAUCGGUUGAUCAAUUUGGUGUCAAGAAACUUGAUCAAAUUGAAAGCACUGUAUCAAGAGCAUCUGAAGGAACAAAAGAUACCUUUUACAAUGCAGUUUCAAGUGUUGAUGGUGUAUUGGAUCGUGUCUUGGACUAUGGUUCUGAAAAGAUUCAAGGAACUCAAGUUAAUGAUCUUGUUCAAAAGACUGUUGGUAUUGCAGACUCUGUUGUUGAUACCGUACUUCCACCACCAACCAAUGAAGAUCUCGACAAUGAAACUGAAAUGUAUCAUUUAGAAAAGAGAUGUAAAUUAUUCUUAAAGUUGAGAAAGAGAAUCAACAAGGAAUCACUUAUGAACGUUCCAUCCAAUUCCUAUAAUCAUGUAGUUCAAAUUUCCAAGACCAAGCCACUCUCUGCCACCGUUGAUUUACUCAUGGAAACUGCUCAAAAGCUUCAAGAUAUGACAUUCUCUGUGUCAUUAAAGGGAGCUUCACUCCAAUCCGCCAUAGACAAUGUCUACAAAGGCUUGAACACUUUGUCAGCCUCUGUCGGAUCAUUUACCAUCUGGGUUAGCAGAUUCGACACUACUGAAGUAUAUGCCUCACUUGAGGAAUUAUCCAAAAUGGUCAGAGCCUCAAAGGAUGAUGUUGCCAACAUGGUAGAUGAAAAUGAAAAAGUCAAGAAAUUAAAGAAUGAUACUGUUGAGGUGUUCCGCCACGUUGCACACAUCUUACAACAACAAAUUGACAAUGGUCUUGCCAAAUAUGAAGACUUGAAGAAACCAGAUUCAAUGUUCAAAAACUCCAUCUAUAUGUUAGAGAGUGCAGCCCAAAGCAUCAUCACCGUUGCCAAGGAAUUUGUUCCAUCUAUUCGUUUGAACUCUGCUCCCACCUCCUCCUCUUCGACUGCUACUUCAUCCUCUUCUACUCCAGCUCAAGAGUCAGGUUCCUCUCCUUCCACUCCUCCUAUUGAGAAAGAGAAUCAACAAGGAAUCACUUUUGAACGUUAUAUCCAAGAAGUCCAAAUAUCAAAGACCAAUCCUCCACUCUCUACCAUCAUUGACCAAACCAACAACGUAUGCACAAAGAUAUCGUUAAAAGAUCCACCCGAUUUAAUGCAACUUGUCUCCUUUUGGACAACCAUCAAAGACCGAGAGGAAGCGAAUCUGUCUUCAUACAAAUCUCUUGAAUGCUACAAAGGAUUGGUAGUCUCGCGUUUUGAUGUUCGUCUUUUCAAUAUUUAA